CAUUCAGUCUAGUGCAAUCAAGUGCUUCAGUUACAGUUCUAACUUACUUCAUUCAAUCUUAACUAUCAAAAUGUUCAAGCUUAUCGUUCUCUCAGCUUUCAUUGCUGUCGCUAGUGCCAUUGUUGCUGCCCCAGCCUAUGGACAUUAUGGUGCUGUUGGUGCCUAUGGUGCUUAUGGUAAUGCAUACCAUGCACCACUUGCUGCUGCUGCUAUUGCCCCAGCUUACUCUGGUUACCAUGGUGGAUACCACGCACCUCUUGCCACACCUUAUGCCGCAUCUUACGCUGCACCUUAUGCCGCAUCAUACGCUGCACCUUAUGCUGUUAAGACUGCUGUAGCCGCCCCUCUUGCCACCAGCUAUGCCAGCAUCCACAAAGCUAACGUCUACUCACCAUACAGAUCAUACGCCGCUGCUCCAAUCGCUGCUGCUGCUUAUCACGCUCCACUUGCCACUGCUGCCUAUCAUGCUCCAAUUGCCACUGCUGCUUAUGCCCCAAUUGCUGCUGCACAUCCAGGAUACUAUGGUGCUGGUUAUCAUGCAUCUUAUGCCGCACCAGUUGUUAAAGCUGCCUACCCUUCAGCAUGGACAUGCGUUUGGUGUGUAGCAUAUAUCUGGUUCAACAUUAAAAUUAACGGCCACACCUUUAAAAUUGAAUCACUCGCUAUAGCAGGGUUAGGAGCACCAGUGAGAGUGUCACCUUUAAUUAGGUUUGGACGCUGGUCAUUCCUCGCUGUGGGUAUCCUUUAUGGUGCUUAUCAUCAGAACAGACUUGCUAAACGCGAGGUUGGAAUCAGGGAAAUUGAAAAUAAACAGAAAGCUAUUCGUGAUGCCAAAUUGGCUGAAGAGAAGAAAAGGAAUGUAGAAGGUGAAAUUGUUACGACAAUUCCAACUAUCGGCUUCAACGUCGAAACUGUAGAAUAUAAGAAUAUUUCAUUUACCGUUUGGGGUGAGUUCAUUACAUUAAAAAACCGAAGCUGGUACAUUCAAGCGACAUGUGCUACAAGUGGUGAUGGCCUCUAUGAGGGUUUGGAUUGGCUCUCAAAUCAAUUGAAGAAUGCCAAUCGUUAAACUUCAUCUCCGCCGUCGCAUCUGCACUAAUGUCGAAAGAAAAAAGUAUUUUACAAUUUACCAUCAACCCUUUAAAACAAACAAACAACAUUCGAGUUUUGUCGUCGUCCACGGUGUAAGAUGAUGAGAAAUUAAAUAAACAUUACAAGUAAAAAAAAAUAUGAAAUCAGAAAACAAAAAAGGAGAAGAAGAAAAUUGCUGUCGUUAAGUAAACUAAAAAAAAUGAAAAAGACUCGCUCUGGUGUAUCUUUUUCUCUUCGAUUAUAAAAUAAAACUUUAAGAAAGAAUAUCCAUUAAUUAAUUGCUAUUAUUUAAAGUAAAAAAAAAAGAAAAGGAAAAAUAAGACAAGAAACAGUUUUUUUUUUCUUAUGAAGGAUGUGAAGCUUUCGUUCAAUAAAUCUGAAGAUUUCAUCAGUGAUUUCAUGUCGUGUCGAAAUGAUGGAGAAAUAAUUUAAUGCUUGCAUGAUAAUAAAAGACUCAUCGAGUUUAGCUAAAAUUUCUCUUGGCAUCGUUUCUUGCAGAGAUUUUGUUUCCAUCUUUUCACCAACAUAACAUUCGAUUAUUGAUUGAUGACGAUGAUCAUGAUGAUGACGAUGAUAAAAUGAUAUGAAAGUGCUCAUAGAAAUUGUUCUUAGUUCUCGUUUAUUUUUAAUCUCCAACAAAGUAAACAGUUGAUAAAUACACAAACACACACCCAUCCCGAAACACACAUACACACAAGCAUGCUCUGAUUAUUGCCGGGGGGAGGGGUAAUCAAAAUAAAUUAAAAAAAUGCUUAGAAAGAUUUAUAUGAUGUGAUUAAGAUUAGCAAACUCAUGGCAUUAUCACAAUGAAAAUUAAAAUGUAAACCGACCGGACUUUCGACAUAAAAAGAAAACAAAAGAAAAACUUUUUUUAUGAUUUUUGAUGAUAACUUAAGAAUGAUGAAAUAAACAAUUAAAAUAAAUGUGUAAAACAUACAAGAAAAAACAAUUUAAAUUGCUUUAUAUAACGUCAGAUAAAAUUGCUGAUCCUUCUUUCGUUGUUGAAAAACAGAAAAAUAAAUAAAAUAAAUCUUGGUUAACAUUCUCUAUGAUACGAGCAUCUGCUUCUCAACUAUUUCCCUUCUUAAAGCUCGCUUUUCCUCUUUUCCGUUGAGUUAGGAAAUGAAUUCUUUUUACACUUCUCUAUGAAUGAAAUGUUUGAUUUCAGGAGAGAAAGCUUUCUUUUGCAUUUUUGUUAGUUAUCUUACAUAUUUCGGUUUAUUUUAUAAGAAGGAAACAACAACAACGUUUUCAUGAAUCAAAGAAAGAAGAAAACGAGUAACGAAAUUAUGUUUAAAUGAAUUCCAACUUAAUUGUAAUCAAUUCUUAUUUUAAUAAAAUUUAUAUAAUUACGAAAACUCA